AUUGCAGCCAUGAAAUGUCAUUUCUUUCAUGAGAGUUGUUGAGUUUUUUGACAUGAUAAAAAUUCACGAAAAUCGUCACAAUUUCAGUGCAGUGCGGUCAUGAUUUUGGAUUUUUUUAGUUAUUUUCUGUUAGUUUUAAUGCUUUGAAUAAAAUUUAAACAACAUGGCUUUGAAGAAAGUGAAAGGGAAUUUUGAACGAAUGUUCGAUAAAAAUCUUACUGAUUUGGUUCGAGGAAUCAGAAAUAACAAAGAUAAUGAGGCGAAGUACAUAGCCCAAUGCAUGGAAGAAAUAAAGGUAGAGUUACGCCAGGAUAACAUCGCAGUGAAAGCGAAUGCAGUAGCGAAACUCACAUAUUUACAAAUGCUGGGCUAUGACAUAUCCUGGGCUAUAUUCAACAUUAUAGAAGUUAUGAGUUCAAAUAAGUUCACUCACAAAAGAAUUGGAUAUUUAGCAGCUAGUCAAUCAUUCCAUGCAGAUUCAGAACUCCUCAUGCUUACUACAAACAUGAUUAGGAAGGACUUGAAUGCUCAGAACCAAUAUGAGGCUGGACUUGCACUUAGCGGGCUCAGCUGUUUCAUAUCCCAUGACUUAGCCAGGGAUCUGGCUAAUGACAUCAUGACAUUAAUGAGCUCCACAAAGCCAUACCUGAGAAUGAAGGCUGUGCUGAUGAUGUACAAGGUAUUCCUAAGGUAUCCAGAUGCAUUGAGGCCAGCUUUUCCCAAGUUGAAAGAAAAAUUAGAGGAUCCUGAUCCUGGUGUCCAGUCAGCGGCAGUGAAUGUGGUGUGCGAGCUUGCCAGGAAGAACCCUAAGAACUACCUCUCCCUGGCACCCGUAUUCUUCAAGUUGAUGACUACAUCCACCAAUAACUGGAUGCUCAUAAAGAUCAUCAAACUGUUUGGUGCCUUAACCCCAUUAGAGCCCCGACUUGGCAAGAAACUGAUAGAACCAUUAACUAAUUUAAUUCAUAGUACGUCGGCAAUGUCGCUGUUAUACGAGUGCAUCAACACGGUGAUCGCUGUGCUGAUCAGCAUAAGCAGUGGCAUGCCUGGACACGCCGCCUCCGUGCAACUAUGUGUGCAGAAACUCAGAAUACUCAUAGAAGAUAGCGAUCAAAACUUGAAGUACCUGGGGUUGUUGGCGAUGUCGCGGAUCCUGAAGUCUCACCCCAAGUCGGUGCAGGCGCACAAGGACCUGGUGCUGGCCUGUCUCGACGACAAGGACGAGUCCAUCCGGUUGCGGGCGCUCGGCCUCCUAUACGGCAUGGUAUCAAAGAAGAAUCUAAUGGAAAUAGUAAAGAAGCUGAUGGUCCACAUGGAGCGAGCAGAAGGCACGCUGUACCGUGACGAGUUGCUCACACGCAUCAUUGAGAUCUGCGCGCAGAACAACUACCAGCACGUGCUGCACUUCGAGUGGUACAUCACUGUCUUGACCGAGCUCACCGAGAUGGAGACUAGCGCGAAACACGGCGUGAUCCUGGCGUCGCAGCUGACGGAGGUGGGCGCGCGCGUGGCGGACGUGCGCGCGUUCGCGGCGCGCGAGUGUGCGCAGCUGGUGGCGCGCGCCGCCGCCGCGCCGCCCGGGCCCGCCUCCAGGGAGGUGCUCUACGCCGCCGCAUACGUGCUGGCCGAGUACUGCAGCGAGGAGUCGGUGAUGCGCGAGUCGAUCUCCCCGCUGACGCUGUGCGCGGGGGUGGGCGGCGGCGGCAUGCGCGCCCGCGCCGUGUGCGUGCACGCCGCGCUCAAGCUGGCCGCCAAGCUGCUGCUCGCGUACGAGCGGCGCGGGGACAUGGACGCCGCGCUCUCGGUAAUCCGUGAGACGCUAGCGGGCAUGCGGCCGCUGCUAUGCAGCGAGGACAUGGAAGUACAGGAGCGCGCGCACAACGGCACCGCUCUACUGACGCUCGUGCUGCGCCGGCUGAGCCCCACCGACGCCGCGCUGCAGGACGCGCCGCUCAUAGAGCACCAACACAGCAACGGUCUCGUGGGUAUCGAGAAGGAAAAAGACGAAGGAGCUAUGAACGGCGAGGACAGUCCGCAGGGUUUCAGCGGCGGCUUGAUCGAAGAGCUGGCGGACCUGUUCGACGGAGAACUCAAGCCGGUCGCGCCUAAAGCACAGAAGAAAGUGCCCAUGCCUCCUGAAUUGGACCUAAGUCAGUGGACGUCCCGCGACCGCUGGUCGUCGGAGAGUUCGAGCUCAGAGGACGAGGGCGCCACCGCCGUGUUCACUGCGCCGCAGCCCGAGCCGCGCCCGUUGCAGGCACUCACCGCGGAGGAGCUCAACAUGUUACGCGAGGCCCGGCGAGCGGAGCAGGCCAACAACCCUCACUAUCUGAAGGAUGACUCGCCGCGCUCCUACCAGCAGGAAGACAUUCCCAUCGCUGAAAUUGCCCUCGAGGUGCCUCUCGAGAUACACACCAAGAGAUCUGAUAAGUACUUAAUGUCGAAGGAGAAUACGAAGAAGGCAAAGAAGGAGAAACGGUCCACGAAGAAAAGGAAGAGUAAAAAGGAGAGACAGUCUUCCGAGUCUGAGAGCGAAGAGGAGCUGUCGGUGUCGCGGCCGGCGGUGGCGGCGGGCGGCGAGCUGCCCGAGGGCGCGGCGCCCUCCGACGACGAGCCCGCGCCGCCGCCCGACGACCCGCACCGCGCGCUCGACCUCGACCUCGACCAACCUCUUCGCGAGGACGAACUGUUAACGUCCAGAAUACACCAGUACCCGUCUCCUGAAACCGGUUUGCUCAAUAAGAAGUCGAAGGAAUCCAAAAAGUCCAAAUCCACAGAAAAGGGUUCCACCGACAAAUCUGUUAAGAAAAAGAAAGAGAAGAAGGCAAAGCACAACAAAGAUGUCAAUCUACUCGGAGAUAAUGGUGGAGAUGAUUUAUUAAUAACUAAUGAUAAUAAUGUAAGCAAAGCUAAAAAGAAGAAAUCGAAGAGAGAAGAGAAAGGCGCAGACGGCGACCACGUCAAUAGCAGUAGGACCGAAAAACACAAGAAGACUAAAAAGGAACCGAGGCUAUCGAUUAUUUAUUGACCUUGAAAAUCAUCGAUACUAUUGUUUUUUAAACUAUCGAUACUUGUUUGAUAGUGAUCGAUAAGCAACACUACACCAUUUCCCGAUAUGAUUAUGUUUGAUUUUCAUUAAACGAAGAAAUUUAAUUAAUUUCAGAUAGCAUGAAACUAAAGUCGGGUAUGAAGAAGCUUUAGGGAUAUCUACGUCUAACAAAGAAGUUGUAUAGUUAGUGUAUAUUCUAAUGAAUUAUGUUACAAUAUUGCAUAUUAUUAAUUGUCCUUGAUUCUUGUCACCUUAUUCAAGCUGUCUCAGUGCAAUUGUUGAUUUGAACAACUUAGUGUUUAAUGUUUUCAUUAUCGUUAGUUUCGUAAAUAUUAUAAGACAUUGUUUUCAUUCAUAUCUCAGUGAAACGUGUCCAUAUAACAAAUUAUGUAAUAUUUCCUUAAGUCAAUGUAGCUAUGAAAUAAAAAAAAUAUAUCUAUAUGAUCAUGUACAGGUUUAUUAAAAUGAUUUAUGCAAAAA